GCCAAGAAGAGCUGGGCAGUCCAGUCCUACACAUAAUACUGCCCCUUAAUAAUAAAGUCAUCAUUGACUUCUACAGAAAACACCAGGACACAAACUCCCUGAUUUGUAUAUUGAUAUAUUUAAAAGUUUGGCGGAGGAAAAAACAUGGAUUUGCCGGAUAUUCCUUUCCCUCUGUCCUCCACAGAUGACUUCUAUGAUGACCCUUGUUUUAACACCAGCGACAUGCACUUCUUUGAGGACCUUGACCCAAGACUCGUGCACGUCAGUCUCCUAAAGUCGGAAGACAGCCACCACAACGAGGACGAGCACAUCCGGGCGCCGAGUGGACACCACCAGGCCGGCAGGUGUCUUCUAUGGGCGUGCAAAGCCUGCAAGAGGAAGACCACGAACGCGGACCGCAGGAAAGCGGCUACCAUGCGGGAGAGGCGACGACUCAGCAAAGUCAACGACGCGUUUGAGACACUGAAGCGAUGUACCUCCACCAACCCCAACCAGAGGCUCCCAAAGGUGGAGAUCCUCAGGAACGCCAUCAGUUACAUCGAGUCGCUGCAGGCCCUGCUGCGUGGAGGACAGGAGGACACUUACUUCCAGGUGCAAAUGGAUCCCUACAGCGGGGACUCGGACGCUUCCAGCCCUCGGUCCAACUGCUCCGACGGCAUGAUGGAUUUCAACGGUCCCCCAUGUACAACGAAGAACUAUGACAGCUCUUACUUUAAAGAAACGCCAAAUGAUUCCAAAAGCAAAAAAUCGGUCAUUUCCAGCCUGGACUGCCUCUCGAGCAUCGUCCAGCGGAUCACCACGGAGCCCGCGGCCAGCACUCACACGUGUCAUGAGGGGUCGGAAGGCAGCCCCAGCCCUCCUCAGAGCGGCUCCGAGGACGCCAGCCCCUUGUCGUCUGACAGCUGCGGGACGACCUCUGGGGACCCCAGCACAAACUACCAAGUGUUGUGAAGCCUACGAAACCUAAGCAGACUAAUUUAUUCCAUGAUUGCAAGCAAAGCUAUAUUCCUAUUCUAUUAGGAUAAACGUAGGUGGCCCCAAAGUCACACGUAAGUAAGAAUUAAGACACUUCCUAAUGCCCAAGUCCUUUUUCUGAAGCAGUAAGCCUACAAACGAAACGCCUACUGAAAUCCAAAGUUUGAGUAGCAUGGCAAUGGCUGUAUUGUGAACGCUGGCACAGGCCUACCAGCAGAAAAGCGCAUCAUGUAGCCUAUUUCAGAGGAAAGCAGCCGAACUAUGCCGUCUAUCCGCCUUCCUGGGGCUGUUAACGUGAGCCUAUGCAUUUACGUUUGGCACGUCUGCAAGAUAAAUGGAAGAUACCAAAGAAUCAGGCGCCGUUGUUUAAAACAUGCCAUCUUGAGCCUACUGACCGAUUGAGAGAAACGAAGCGGACCAUUUUGUACCAUUGUAAAAACAAUUCUAAAAAAGAAAAGAAAAUGCUGAUAAAAAGCAAGCUCAUCAAAGUUCCCAAACACCCCUAAAUAUGGUUUAGAGAUGCUUGAUACAUUGUUUCAAACGUUUAAAAUGUUUAUAUAUUUAUUACGUGUGAAUGUUAUUUCAAUAAAAAUAUUUAUAUAUUUUAAAUUCUGGUGUUUUUGUCCGAGUUGACUGCGAAAGCGCGCCAACAAAUUCUGCUCUUCAUGAGAUUCUAGCGUUUUCUUUGAAAAUAUCUGCAAUGCAGUACAAACAAGACAAUAUUCAAAUGCUUACCAACUGCCUUCGAUCAAAAGAAAAGUAUGCUUUGAAUUUUUUGGUUUGGAAAAAGCCACGGAAAUCAACGAAUAGCCUAUUUAGUUCAUAACAAUUUAGGCUAUAGGCCUAUCAAACCAAAUAAUUAUCCAAAAGGCCCGUCCAAGCAGGAAUGCAAUUGGUUAUCCUAUUUAUUUAACUGAGACAUUUUUAGCGAGAUUGUUAGCCUUGUGUAGGCUAGAUUACAGAUUUUUAUUUUAUUUUGAUUAAAUAGGCCUAUGUUUGGGUAUCGUACAAAUGUACAAAAUAAGAAACCAUGUUGGAGCCUAUUAUAGCAGUAUUCUAGAGCGUUAGAGUGUACAAUAUGGUUCAACAACUUUUUUGAAAGCUUUAAGUGGCUUCCUUUUUUGUAAUAAUAAUGAUUGUAAUAAUAAUAACAAUUAUGUAGACCUAUGUGUAAUAUAUUGACAAAAAAAAAAAUCAUCAAUCAUUAAUCACAAAUCAAAGGUGAAUUUCUCCUCAUACACACACAUUCAGACCCCGUGUUCUGUAUGAGGGAGUUUAUUGCGCUGUAAAGGGCAGAGCUACAAGUCAGCUGGAGGGUCAGUCACAUGUAUUUACAAAAAAAAUCAGAAUAUAACAGCGGUCCGGUAUUGAGGAACAAUAGAAAUAAGGGACUUCAGUUUAAUAAUAGAUAUUGUCGUAGAACAUAAUAAUAAGACGGUAAGAGCAGUCCAGUGUAUGUUCUUUGCACAGAUCUCGCCUGGUCCUGCGGGGCCUGGUGAUCGCGAGGCCUCUUCCCCAGCGGCGGAGCAUGGCUCUACUUCCUGCGGCGGGCUG